AUGUCUUCUCGCGACAGAACACCCCCUAAGGCCAUCGGACCGCAGUCAAUACCUCUCAGAGAUCUCUCCAGGCCUCCAGAUAGUGGAUCAGACGAAGCAGAUGAUCUGGGAAGCGCAACUGUCGGGCAUAAGAAGCGGCACAGUCGCACGAGAUCCUUGUUGGCGGGACGUCGGACACCCAACUAUGCGCGCUUGAAUGACCAUGAAGAGUCUCCCACAAGGGGGGGUCCGUCUGGUGCACCAAAUCGACUGGUUGGACUUUCUGUGCGAGGCGGCGGUGGGAGUGACACACACUCGCCGGUCGAAGACAUUGGAGGAUUUGCGGCCGCAACGGUGGGAUUAGACCUUCAGCUACCUUCGACUCCUCCGAGUGUUGGAUUGCGGCGCCCGAGUAUAAUUACAACAGCGGCGGAAGGAGAUGUUCAUGAGGCGGAAAGUCCCUUCUCUCCUCCAGACUCGGACACUACCCCGUUGACGGCGUCACAACGUCUAACAUCUUCUCUCAAGACCUCGAGUUCCAUCUCCAGAGGCCAGAGGCACGACAGACAAGGAAAAGGGUCCAGUGUGCAUUGGACCGAUGGCGAGUCCCCGUCGUUUGUCCGGGGGCGGGCAUCACGCCUCGGAGACGACCUCCCGACCCUCGAUACCGGAGCUGGCAUGCAUCGCAAAUUGAGUACCGGAAGUGGCAUCAGCCGCUUGUCGGCCUCUCGUGCAGAGUCGGGGGAGCGGUCUAGAUCAUUGUCGCCGUCUCCCUCCCCAAUGGCCCGGGCGAACUCUAUGCUGCGAGAAAUAUCACAGCGUGUGGUCAACCUAAGCAACGACUCCGACAUGGUGGAACAGAGCAUUCGACGCAAGUCUUCCGUGCGACAGCACAGACGCCCAAGCACGACCUCUCCCGCACUGCCUCUACCAGGCAUUGAAGAUGAGGAGGAAGCUCAGCCACACCAGGCCCCCCCACUCGAGAAGGUACUUUCCGCUGAGGUCACUGCUGAACCCUUCACUCCCUUCACCCCUUCGGCUCCUUCGACUCCGGCGUAUCAUCCAAAUCCCCUCCUCGGGAGGUCGUGGGGUAUUUUCGGACCUGAAAAUGCAUUGAGAAAAUGGCUCUGUGAAAUCCUGGUUCAUCCGUUGACUGAACCGCUGAUAUUGGUCCUGAUCGUCGCACAGACCGUGUUGCUAGCAGUCAACGCUGCGUCCGACGCCGUGUAUCUCGAAACCCGGACGAAGCGAUGGGGCAGCACUGGGUUCGACUAUGCCAUCUUUGGUUUGUUCGUGGUGUACACUCUGGAGCUCAUAGCUCGCACCAUCGUGUCGGGGUUCAUCUCUAAUCCUGUUCAAUUCAGCACCAUCAAUCGUUCUGUCGGUCUCAAGAAGGCUGUCCUUCAGAAGGCUCACACCUUGUUUGCCCCGCAGGACGCUCGAGAGGCGCCAAUGACGGCCAAUGAUGGCCCUACUCAGCCAUCUAUCGUCCGCAGUUUUACAGGCCUUCCGGAACCCGGUGGGCCAGGCCACACAAAACAGCAACAGAGGAUACGCCUGGCACGUCGCGCCUUUCUCAGACAUUCCUUCAACAGGCUUGACUUCGUAGCCGUUGUUUCGUACUGGAUAUCCUUCGUGAUGCAGAUCAGCGGCGUCGAGGACUCGAAGCAUGUCUACGUCUUCAAUAUGCUCAGCUGCCUCCGGAUCCUGCGGUUACUGGGCCUCACGGCGGGGACAUCGAUCAUCCUACGGAGUCUAAAAAAGGCGGCUCCUCUGCUCGUCCAUGUGGCUUUUCUCAUUGGCUUCUUCUGGUUGAUUUUCGGCAUCGUUGGAGUACAGAGCUUCAAAUCGAGCUUACGGCGCACUUGCGUCUGGGUUGGAGACGACGGUUCAGGCCAGAAUUUCACCCUAAACAUUGCGCCCGACAAUAUCCAGUUCUGCGGAGGCUACUUUGAUGCCGUGACCGGGGACGAAAUGCCAUGGCUCAAGAGUGACGGCUCGCAAGGGGCUAACAGCGCAAAAGGCUAUCUUUGCCCUCAAAACUCGCUGUGCGUUGAGUCGGGCAAUGGUCCUUACAAUGGCACCGUCAGCUUUGACAAUAUUGCACAAUCGCUCGAGCUAGUCUUUGUGAUCAUCAGCUCCAACACAUUCUCAGAUCUCCUAUACUACCUAACCGACUCCGACUAUCUUGCCGCUGCACUAUACUUUGCCGCAGGCAUUGUUGUCUUGAGCUUGUGGUUGGUCAACUUGCUAGUCGCUGUUAUCACAUCCUCAUUCCAGAUCAUCCGCGAGGAGAGCAAGCAAAGCGCGUUUACUGCCGAUAAGAUCGACGGGCCGCAUCUCGACGAAGAUCUGAAAACGAAAAGAAGCCAACUGAAGAAAAUAUACGACAAGACACAUAUCUUCUGGGUCCUUGUCAUCGUAUAUGACUUGGUUGUGCAGAGUCUGCGAAGUGCAACUCAGAGCCCGAGUCGAGAAAGCUUCAUCAUGAACUCGGAAUCGGUAGUCACGUUCCUUCUCUUGCUAGAGAUCAUCCUGCGCUUCUUGUGUGACUGGAGACACUUCUUUCACGGGAAGAGGAAUAUCGUCGACCUUUUGCUGGCAAUCGUCACGGCAGUCAUGCAAAUCCCGACAAUACGCAACUCUGGGCACGCCUAUGCGUGGCUUUCGGUUUUCCAGAUUGCGCGUAUCUAUCGAGUCGUCCUGGCUGUGAGGGUCACUCGAGAGCUGGUUAUGGUCGUGUUUGGGAACAUCGUUGGUCUCCUGAACUUGAUCCUCUUCGUGUUCCUGUUCACUUUUCUGGCCGCCAUCCUGGCUUCCCAACUGUUCAGAGGGGAUUUUCCUCCAGCAGAUGCGGGUGGAGAGCUAAUCAAUGUCACUUUUUUCGACAUUUGGAAUUCUUUCCUAGGGAUGUACCAGGUCUUCUCUAGCGAGAACUGGACCACCCUGAUGUACAACUCUACCCAGUUCAACAACAUCUGGGACACGGCCUGGUUGAGCGCAAUAUUUUUCAUUCUCUGGUUCGUGGUGUCAAACCUGAUUGUCCUGAAUAUGUUUAUUGCUGUCAUCCAGGAAAGUUUCGACGUGUCCGAGGACGAGAAGCGUCUGGAGCAGGUAAAGGCAUUCUUGAGGCAGAAAGAAAUGACCGGCUCAGCAUCUGGAAAUUUGUCCCUUGCCGCUGUCUUUAAGAUGGGACGGGAGUCACUCAGACAUCGCGACGCUCUCGAGUACGGUUCAGCAGCAGUCGAACAGCUUCUCAAGGAGGCUGUUGUGAAGGACUUUCUGGACGAACAAGAUCAGGGCCUCGCGCGGCGAACAACGUCCAUGCACCUCGAUCAGAUACCCACGGUUAAACCCGGCUUCCUCUCAAAAUACUGGGGAAAGGUCACAGGGCUUGCUGGCACCAGAGAACCAAACCCUUUCUACUCGAAUGCAACCGUGUCUCGUGCAAACGAGGAUUUUGAUCCUAGGCUUGUCGCACAGAGGGUGGUGGCAACAGCAGAAAACCGUCGGCGGGCCCAACGACAAUACCUGCAAAAGCAUCCGAAGUACAAUGUUUCCCUCUUCAUCUUCAAGCCCGACAAUCCUAUCAGAAAGCUGUGUCAGUACCUUGUUGGCCCUGGCCGCGGAAGCGAACGUGUGGAGGGUGUUUCGCCCUUCAAACCUGCGUGGUAUGCAUUCUCUGCCUUCACCUAUCUAGCUAUCGUGGCCAUGGUCAUCUUGGCUUGCAUCACCACGCCAUUGUAUCAGCGAGACUACUAUCUCGAAAACUCGCUGAGCAUUACGAACUGGUUUGUCUGGACCGAUCUGGGCUUCGCAGCGCUCUUCACCAUUGAGGCGGCCAUCAAGGUAAUUGCCGAUGGACUCUUCUUUACGCCACACGCAUAUUUCCGUAGCGUCUGGGGCUUUAUCGACGGCGUGGUGCUCAUCACGCUUUGGAUCAAUGUAAUCACGGCGAUGUUCCGUGACGAUGGUGUUUCUCGUGCUGUCGGCGCCUUCAAGGCGCUGAGAGCCUUGCGCUUACUCAACAUCAGCGACACUGCGCGGCAGACCUUCUACUCGGUCAUUAUCGUGGGCGGCUACAAAGUCCUUGCUGCCGCUUUUGUCUCGAUGAGCUUGCUCAUUCCAUUCGCCAUACUGGGAGUCAAUCUGUUCAACGGCAAACUGGAAGCUUGUAACGACGGCGAUUUCGGCUACAGUGCACUGAGCAAUUGUGUCGGAGAGUACAACUCGACCCCGUUCAAUUGGCCAGUGUUGGCUCCGAGACAGGUCGCUAACCCGUGGUUCGACUUUGACGACUUCGGCAGUGCCCUAUUCAUCCUCUUCCAGAUCGUCUCUCAAGAGGGAUGGGUGGAUGUGAUGUGGUCCGGCACGAGUAUCACAGGCAGAGGAACGCAGCCAGAGCCGCUCGCAUCAAGCGGCAAUGCCGUGUACUUUAUCAUCUUCAACUUGCUGGGCGCCGUCUUUGUCCUGACCUUGUUCAUAUCCGUGUUCAUGCGGAACUACACGGAGCAAACCGGUGUCGCCUACUUAACUGCUGAACAGCGAUCAUGGCUGGAGCUGCGCAAGCUAUUGAGGCAGAUCUCGCCUUCUAAGCGCUCUCUGGGCAUGGAGAGCAACAAGUGGAAGAAAUGGUGCUACGAUCUGUCGAUUCAGAAACGCGGGGCUUGGCAACGCUUCAUCACGUUGGUACUGGUCUUCCAUUUGAUCCUCCUGACAGUCGACUUCUAUCCUGAGCCUGAGUGGUGGUCCAAACUACGGAAGUACAUCUUCCUUGCCAUCACACUCGUGCUCAUCGCCAACAUCGUGAUCCGAAUCGUCGGUCUCUCCUGGAACCGAUUCCGAAGAAGCUCGUGGGACUUGUAUUCGAUCUUCUCCGUGUCAGGUAUUUUCGUUACCUCGUUGAUUUCAGUCUCGACUGUCGACAAUCGAGGCUUCGAACAGCUUCAGAAACUCUUCCUUGUCUCUGCAACAUUCCUCCUCAUUCCGCGAAAUAACCAGCUGGACCAAUUGUUCAAGACCGCGGCUGCGUCUCUCCCGCUGAUUGCUAACCUACUGGCCACCUGGUUCGUCCUGUUCCUAGUCUUUGCGAUUGCCUUGACCCAAGCAUUUGGCCUGACACGCUUCGGUCCAAAUGAGAGCAACAAUGUCAACUUCCGAACAGUCCCGAAAGCCCUAAUCCUACUCUUCCGUACAAGUAUCGGAGAAGGCUGGAAUCAGAUCAUGGAAGACUUUGCUAGCAUCGAACCGCCGUUUUGUGUGAGGGAAGAUAGUUUCUUCGCGAGCGACUGCGGCAGCGCUGGAUGGGCAAGAGCACUGUUUAUCGCCUGGAACAUCAUCAGCAUGUACAUUUUCGUGUCGCUGUUUGUGUCGAUGAUCUUCGAAAGUUUCUCCUAUGUCUACCAACAGAGCAGUGGGAUGUCUAUCGUCAGUCGAGAUGAGAUCCGGCGCUAUAAACAAGCGUGGGCCGAAUUCGAUCCCAACAGUACCGGGUUUAUUUCCAAGGAACAGUUCCCGCGGCUGCUAGGGGAACUGUCCGGGAUCUGGCAAAUGCGCAUAUAUGACGGUGAUUUCACGGUAAGAGCGAUCAAGGAGGACUGCUCGAUCCAGCCAGGCGACCCUGUCAGACCACCAGGGCGAGUGGUGGACGGCCUGGAUCUCGAUAAAUUGGCCGAACGCGUCAACCAGAUACCCGUCAAAGAGAUCCAGCAGAGACGGGCGCGUCUCAACGUCUUCUACGAAGAGGUCAUGUUGACGGCUGAUCCGGACCGUGGUAUCCCCUUUACGGCGGUCCUGUUCUUGUUGACGCACUACAACGUCAUCACGGAUUCACGAAGUCUACGCCUCGAGGAGUUUCUUCGUCGACGAGCACGUCUCCAGAGGGUGCAGGAGACGAUCCGGCGAAAUACCGUGGUUGGCUUCUUCGACACUUUGCACUGGUCUCGCAAGUUCAAAAAAGCCGUGGAAAGGCGCAGGAGUGGCCGCUUGGCCGCCCCUCCCUCACUCCCCGUGCCUGAAAUCUUCAUCGAGGACCCUGAUGAUAACAUGGAAGGGAGCAGCUUCACUGAACCACGAGACUUCACCGAGUCACGACAGUCCUACACGCCGAAGAAACAUUCGGUCAACCUGCCGCCCAUUGAUACGUCGUUGCCUUCUGGCAGCUCGUUAAGAAGUGCAUCGCCGAUAGACGGAUCGCCUGCGAGCAGCCCGAUCCGGACGAGGCUCGGAUCGGUGGAUACAUCGUAUCACGGGGCGACAAGAUCUUCGCCGACGACGCCGACGUUGAGUCAUAGCCGACAGACCAGCAACACGGGCCAACUGGAUGGGCAAGGAAUGAUGGAGAGCUUCGACAACUCUGCCUGGGGCGAGAGUUUACGCAGGAGCUUUACGACGAGGGUUCGGAGUGACACCUCUCGGGGCUGA